UCGAACUGGUCGUGGUGCAAGAAGACGAAGAUGAACCAUACUCACCGAUAAUAAAAGUUUAUUAUGACUCCAGGAUAAUGGAUUUUUUGUCUCACAAGUUAAGAGGAGGUAUGCCAGAGAACUGCACGUGUAAUGCAUGUGUGAAUGUUUAUUAUUAGCUUCAUUAUCAGGAUAUUAUGAACAAUGAGCCAGAAGGACGUGUAUCAGUAUCUCUGAUGCUCUAAUAUCUGUGCUUUAAUGAUUGCUAAUGACAGUAUUUCAUUGCAGAUGUUGAUUCAUUAUAUGAGUGCAAUGGGGAUUGGACUUCCCGCUGUUAUGCUAAAACAUGAUUAAUUGUCUGUAUAAUGUAUGACAAUAAUGAUGGGACAACAUUCAGACAAUAAGUGAAAGCAGUUAUAUUAAUUUUGCAACAAAUUGAUUCUUGUUGCAUCAUUACUCGGUUGCAUUUGAAGUUGAUUCAAGGACACUCACCUCCAUCCAUGGAUAGCCUAUUGGACAUCUUGUAUUUGUUUUGCUGAGUUUCGGCCCUAGAAUUGUUCUUUUGCUGAGAAAGAGCAGAAAGCUGUUUUUCUCUUUACAUGGGUGUCGCUUGAAAAUAGUAAGAUUAUACACAGAGAGAGAUAGAGACUGGGAGGAGGGAUAAACAUAACCUUCAUUGUGAUGCAACAACAGUUCUGUUGACCCUUAUGACCUCAGAAGCCCCUCUACCCACCCUGAGCAGGACAAAGGUUGUGGGAACUGGACACGUCCAGCAUCUGCGUGAUCACCAGUUUAGGAGAAUAAUGGAGCUUGAAACUGAAGGGGCACAUCACAAAUUCAUUUAUGUGGAUGAAGCCGGCUUCAACCUCUGUAAAGUGAGGAGACGCGGGAGGAACAUCAUUGGGCAGAGGGCCACUGUUACAGUGCCAGGUCAGAGGGGCACCAAUAUCAUCACGUGUGCUGCCAUCUCCAAUGAUGGUGUCCUUUGCCACAUACCAACUAUUGACCCAUACAAUACAGAACGCCUCAUCACAUUUCUUGAUGCACUGAAUGAAAGACUGGUUCCACCCGAAGAGAGAGGGCUGUUGAGGCCUGGCAUGACACUGUAUGUCAUCAUUUGGGACAAUGUUGCCUUCCACCACUCCCGCCUUGUGAAUGAAUGGUUUGCAGCACAGCCCCAUAUGAUGAUACAAUUCCUCCGUGCAUACUCUCCUUUUCUGAACCCAAUUGAGGAGUUCUUCUCUGCUUGGAGAUGGAAGGUGUAUGAUCACCGGCCAUAUGAGCAGAUGUCCCUCCUGGAGGCAAUGAAUGCUGGUUGCCUGGCAAUAGGUGCAGAGGACUGCCAGGGAUGGAUAUGCCAUGCAAGGAGAUAUUUUCCUCAGUGCAUUGCAAGGGAAAACAUCCAAUGCGAUGUUGAUGAGAACCUGUGGCAUAAUCGUCAGGAACGAAUGGACUAAAUGUGAAGUUCUGAGUAUUUUAACUCUUUAUUUUGUUUUUUAGAUAUUUCCACCCAUAAGUUUCCUUUGGUUGCUUUUUUUACAGUAUUCAGCAUUUCUGAGUUUGAAAAAUAUCAUAUAUUUCAUAUUGAUAGCUGUAUAUUGUAUUUUGUUGUCCAUUGUGUAAUGACUGAUUAAAAGAAUAUAUUAAUUUGA